CUCGUUUUACUUGUUUGGUGCACCGGCCGCCCUCUGAGAACGCUGCGAAAGAGCUGUAUUUCCGAGCACAUCACACAAGACAAGCACCAUGGCACAGCCGAGCACAUACAAGAUCCUCGUCCUGCCGGGCGACCACGUCGGCCCCGAGGUGAUGGCCGAGGCGCUCAAGGUUCUCGACGUGAUCGAGGAGUGCCGGCCGGGCCUCAAGUUUACGCGCACCUUUGACCUAGUGGGUGGGGCGAGUAUCAACAAGCACGGGGUUCCCAUCACCAACGCCGUGCUUGACCUGGCAGCAUCGAGCGAUGCCGUGCUCUUCGGUAGCAUCGGCGGCCCGGAGUGGGCGGCCGCGAACCCGACUCCCGAGUCUGGGUUGCUGAGGCUGCGGCAGCGCCUGGACGCCUUUGCCAACCUCCGGCCAUGCGAGAUCUUCGUCCCGUCCCUGGUGGACGCCUCCCCGAUCAAGCCCGAGCUGGUGAGGGGGACCAAGUUCGUGGUGGUGCGGGAGAACUGCGGCGGCGCCUACUUCGGCGCCAAGGUGGAGGAGGAGACGACGGCGUCGGACCUGUGGGUGUACAGCUCGUCCGAGGUCGAGCGGCUGGCGCGCGUGAGCGCCGCGGUCGCGCGGCUGAUGGGCCGCGACGGCAGCGGCGGCGGCGGGCCGGCCGUGGUGUGGAGCGCCGACAAGGCCAACGUGCUGGCCAGCGGGCGGCUGUGGAGGCGGGUCACGCAGGAGACCAUGGACAGGGAGUUCCCCGACGUCGAGCUGCGGCACCAGCUCGCCGACAGCAUGGCCAUGCUCAUGGUGCGCGACCCGACGCGCUUCAACGGCGUCGUGCACACCGACAACACCUUCGGCGACGUGCUGUCCGACAUCUCGGGCGGCAUCACGGGCACGCUGGGCGUCCUGCCGAGCGCGAGCAUCUCGGCGGUCCCGGGCGAGGGCCGGUGCAACGGCAUCUACGAGCCCGUGCACGGCAGCGCGCCCGACAUCUCGGGCAGGGGCGUCGUCAACCCCGUCGCCCAGAUCCUCAGUCUGGCCAUGAUGCUUCGCUACUCGUUCCUGCUCGCCGACGAGGCCGCGGCUGUAGAGAAGGCCGUCGGCCACGUGCUGGACUCCAAGGAGGCGGGAGGGUUGGAGAUCCGGACCGGAGAUCUGGGUGGAAGGGCGCGGACGAACGAGGUUGGCGAUGCCAUCUGCGCCGCCCUGCGGAAGUCGCUGCAGACGGCGCAGUAAUGAGAUUGUGUUAUGGUAUGCAUCAAUGAUAUGUGUAAUUGAGGUCACGAAAUGACGCGAGUGCGUCAGUGCUGUUUGGUCAUUGCCUCCACCAUUGAUUCCUCUAGGGUUGGUGCUUCCACA